CGUCAGUCUCUGCAUCUGACGGAGGCGGCUGCACUCACGAAGCUCUCGCUGUGCAAGGAAAGGUGUCAGCUGGAAAAGGGGCUACCAGGCGCCUUCCGACGUUCAGCCCCCGAUCCGUCCGUCCUGCGCUGGACCCAGAGACCAGGGAGAGCCCCACCUUUCAGCGGAGGCUCCCCGACUUCCAUGAAGAGAGCCGGACCUGGGCAGGAGCAAGCGGGCGAUGAAGAGGGAGACCCGAGGGAGGCCCAGGGAUCUCCAGGGAUGGAGGCCGCCCUCAGCCCAGAGAUCCUCCGCCGGCGCUUCCGCGGUCUGGACGGCUGCCGCCAGGAGGCCGAGGGGCCCCGGGAGCUUUGCAGCCGCCUGCACCGCCUGUGCCGCCAGUGGCUGCGGCCGGAGAGGAGCAGCAAAGGGGAGAUGCUGGACCUG